AUGGAAGAACUUAGCGGGACAACAGAAAAGUGUAAACAUAAUUUGCGUGCAAAAGAAGAUACUCCUUGUGCCCAUCAGUCUCUGGAUUGUGGCAACAAGCACGAGAUUCCGGAAGCAAUUCACGAUAGAGCCACUUCUUGUCCCUUUUCUAAAAACAGCGAAGAUUUGGGUCAGAGUUCCAGUUCAAAGGGUAAGGAGCUAAAUUAUGCCUUACAGGAUAUGAACAUCGAAUGGGAGGAGUAUCUCAAUAAAACAUCGGAAGAAAGGGAUCACAUGGAAGAUCCAUUCCUUUACAAAGACAGAGAUCUACAUUUGAAUCAUUGCCUUCGCGUUAUUCCUGACAGUUUCAAGGAAGAAGUAAAAUACGCAAAUCCGUUUCCUAGCUACGAAGACCAAGUCUACGAGUCCAGCUGCAAGAGUGAAAGUGAUAAAAAGCAAGCUUGUGCUCACGAGAUACCAAUGAAAAAGAAUAUACUGGAAAACUCAAGAAAGUUCCAACAAAACACAAAAGAAAAUCUGCGAGCACCAUAUACUGAUGAAAAAUGA